ACGAGGUGAUAAAAGGAUACACAGUGUAACACGCAUUCACAUUCUGUCUGUCUCUGCAGACAAUGGCCCACACUAGCUAGACAAAUACGUAGGCUGUCUGUAUACACACAUGGGAGCAUAAGCGAUGGCAGAUGUUCCCGCGCCUGCCGACUAUCCCAACGAACUCAGUUGCUACUCUCCCCGCUACUCCCCUCCGCCCCUCCACAGCUCUCACCACUCACGGCGAUUGUGAGAGCACGAUAUCCGCCACCGCCGCCAGCCACUGCCAGCCAUCCGGCACCUGAACACAGAGAGGAAGCACAGCAGAGCACAAUCACCGUGGUCGAAACACCCAUGUGCUUCCCCUCCUCCCCCUGGCCCCUCUGUGCUGACCUGCAGUGUGUAGAUCUCCAAAUCGACACACGUGAAGCAGUGGCUGGCGGCUAACGUGGACCGUCCCUGCUCGUUGAUGCUGCCCACGUACGUCUUGUCGUCGGGCAGCUCAUCCCUCUCCACCCACUGUUGGCAGCGGCGCAGGUCGCCAGCCGGCGCAUCCCCCCCAAUCCCCAGCCACAGGCGGCCGCCAGCGAUGGACACUUUGGCCCAGGGCAAGCCCUUGUGGUUCUUCACCGCCCCCUCUGUGCCGGCGACCCCCAUUCGCUGCUGCUCAUUUGGCAUGGUGAUCUUGGCGAUGUCCGGCUCCUCGAAUGCGCCACUGAUGGAGUAGAAGGUCACGGGGCACCGUCUCCACGCCACUCCGGUGGGGUCGGCAGGCUGCUUGAGCUGUCCACUGCAGUGGGUGGCGAAUGUGUGGCUGCCGGUGUCCUUGGCCACCAGCAGCAGGUCGGCCGCCCCGCCCACCUUGGCCAGCAUGGUCUCAUACGCCCAGCCGUCACGCUCACCCCUGACACACACGCGCACACACACACACACAGAGAGAGAGAGAGAGAGAGAGAGAGGGUGAUGCGACCACGGCCCCCGGUUCAUCAAUGCCUCACUCACUUGUAGAGCAGCUGUGCGGUCAUCCCUAUGUGGCGUGUCGUGUCGAUGAGGGCCUGCAGGUCAUCGGCGGGCAGUAUGGGGUCAGCCGGGAGAGUGCUCCACACCUAAACAGACACACACGUAGACACACACUCAUAUUAUCACAUCGACAUGAUGACGUCCGUCCACUUGAUGUGUCGGCCUGACCUGGUAGACCUCCAGCCGCUGGGCUGUGAAGUAGUAGUCGCUGGCGGCCAGGGUGGCCACUCCCUCCUCGAUCAUCUUGCCCACGUACGUCUUGUCGUCGGGCAGCUCAUCCCUCUCUACCCACUGAUGGCAGCGGCGGAGGUCGCCAGCCGGCCGCCCAUCCUCCCCAUAACCCAGCCACAGCCGGCCGGCAGCGAUGCACACCUUGCCAGCCCCGCCCUGGUCGCUCUUCACCGUCCCCUCUGCGCCGGCGACCUCCACACACUGCUUGUUGUGUGGCACGGAAAUCUUGGCGAUGCCGCCCUCCUCGAAUGGCCCAUUGAUGGAGUAGAGCGUCACGGGGCAGCCGAUGGUCAGCGUCGAUGUGGGGUCAGCCGGGGGGAUGAGGGGCCCGUCGAUGUGGCAGGCGAUGGUGUGCUGCUUCUCGUCCUCGAUGACGAACAGCAGGCCGCUCACACCCGCCACUCGCUCUCCCAGACUACCAAACUCUCCACCGUCAGACGAACUCCUGACACACAAAGGCAUCCAAAUCAACACAUGGCAUCUCCCUCUUGUCCCCCUCUGUUGUGUGUUGUGACUCACUUGAAGAGGCAUUUGAUGUGGCUGUGCGAUUUGCCGAUCGUCGAGAGGUACACCCGCUCCAUGAGGCCGUACAUGUCACAGGCAUACAGCAGCUCGUCAGGCCAACUGCUCGUCGGCAGCGGCGUGACGGCGUCGGGGGCCAACCGAAUGCGACGGACGUAAUCCACCACCCUGCACACACCACACACACAUGGAGAUUUUGUGUGCCGCCUGGCUGCUGCUGUGGUGGGUUACUUGUGGAAGGUGUCUGCCGACACAUCCGCGACGGGCCCAUACCUACACACACACACACAGAGUGCCCGAGAUGACCACCAUAAUAUCUCAUCUCCGCCUGUAGACCUACUUGAUGAAUCGGUCGUGCAGUAUGCUGUAGUCGGCCAGCGUCGCCUCGGUCGUGGCCACCACACCGCCAUCCGCCACACGCACACUCAGCACCUCACUGCCGCCCGUCCUGCCCGCCACCGAUGAGCUGAUGAACGGCCCCAUGACGGCCAUGAAGCCGCGGAACGCCUCGCUGUCGUGGUCACCGUGUUGCGGCUCGAUGGUGACGGCCGUCUUGGCGAAGAAGCGGUCGUGGUAGAAGGCCAGUGCGGGGCAGCCCUCGAUGAUCUCACUCACGUCGAUGCGGUUGCAGCUCAGGCAGCGCAGCUUCUCAGCCAACCUGAACACACACACAGCGAGUGCUGCUGCCUGUCAGCCAUCGUGUUGCUUCCCUCCCUCCCCCUCCACCAGAUGAAGUAGAAGGGGUCUGCGUCAACGAAGUGAAUGCGAUUGUCGUCUGUGAUCAUCCAGCUGUCGAAGCGGUUCAGCAGCACCGCCAGGCAGGUGUCCCGCAGCCCCUCGCACAGCAGCACAUCCCGAGGGAAAGCCAUGACGAAGCCGCCGACAUUGAGCAGCAUCGGCCGGCCGCUCAUCUCCUCGGCUGGUGUUUGGUCUGCUUGUUUGUGGAUGCCGUCUGCUGUGUCCGUGCUGCUGGACGCCGACGCCUUCAUGGCGGAUGCGGUGCUCCUAUGGCGAGAG